AUGUCCAAUUACAACGAAGUCCAGCCCACAGCAUUCAAUUCUAAGAAUAGAGGGAAUAAAAAUAAUCGUAAAAGAGGAGGCAGUAAACGAGGUGCUGGGAAACAAGGUGAUGGUAAACGAGGCAGUGGAAACAGCGGUGGACAUGGUUUCCCUCCUAAUCAAGAGCGACUGAAUCGCGCGGAUGGGUACAAUCUGGCAUUUGGGAAAGGAUGGGGCAGUGGGCACCACCAAAAUAAUAGCCAAAAUCGUUCCAACAAUAAUAACAGCUUUACUAACGCGAACAGCAUCUCUAUAGGCGACGACUUCUUUGCAAACGAUGCCUAUGCUCCAGAAUCAGUCAUCCAACGAAAGGAAGCGACUGAAUUUCAACCUACAAGCUAUACUCAGAUAUCCAGACGCGACACCAGAAACAGUACGGCAUCAGUCCCAUAUAAUAAUGGCACAGAACGUCAUUUAAGCAACUCUACGCAACGCUAUACAAAGGGGUUGGGGUCACCACCACUGCGUCGGAGUUGGAGUGACAGCGAUAGUGGGGUAACGAUCUUUACGAAAGAAGCUGAGCCUUUCCAUAUCCCGAUAGAUUAUUCAAGUGAUAUGCCACCAUUUAAACAAUACGUGCAGCGAAGGCUAAAUGACAUUGCAAAACUUCCUAUAUCAUUACGAGAAGCGGCAGAAGAGCAAUUGAAGGAGAUUUUAAGAGAUGCCGGUAACAAAAAGCUUCUGGCGUUGAACGACUGGUCAAAACAAAAGAUUCCUCUAUUGGACGGUGGGGGUGAGUUAGUUUUACAGUGGGAGUUGGAGAAUGGAUCACUGCAUGGAAUGAACGCACUGGGUGACACAGGGCUUGUUUCAACUAACCAAAUGCAAAUCAAUCGAUCUACCACACAAACGCCUGAAUUUUCCAACAACAGUAUAAGUAUUCAGGAAGGAUCUGCUCGGAAUGAAGCAUUUGGCAACAGAGAACCCAGGUCUGCUCAAGAUAUAACGCUUUUGGAUGCCCAAUCUCCUACACCAGAGCAAAAAGUGUCGAGGGGACAUAUUGAUUUAAAUUCAGGAGAGGUGCCUACAUCACAAUACGUGUCUUACUCGGCUCUCAAUGGCAAGAGAAUUGCAGAUGAUGAGUAUGACUCGAAUGAGAGAAAACGACAAAGAGCGGAAAGGUUUCAAGCCGCAAAUUUGUCCAGCACUCAGAGACUGUCUCCACUUGGCGAACAAAAUAAGGGUAGUGGUCCAAUCGUGGGCCUCAAUACAAAUUUGGAGAAGUCGUACUUGCGGUUGACUUCUGAGCCUGAUCCGUAUCGGGUACGACCGCAGUUCAUUUUGGAAAAAAGCGUUGAUUAUGUAUUCAGAAAAUACGAGUCAUUGCAAGGAAAAGAAGCUUUCAACUAUAUUAACGAUCAGUUGAAAAGUAUAAGACAAGAUCUAACAGUUCAACACAUUAAAAACGAUUUUGCUAUUUCAGUUUAUGAGCAAAAUGCGAGGGUUUCUUUGAAGCAUAAUGAUCUUGGAGAGUUCAAUCAAUGCUUGGGCCAAUUGAAGUUUCUCUACAACUACAAAAGACAUACAUCAUACGGGUGGCAAACACGUUUCGUGUUGCUGGAGGUUGAGAUGCUUUGCUACAAACUCAUAUACAUGAUGAUCACAAACAACAAUAGUGAAAUCAGCAAAAUAAAGCUAAGCUUGCUCCAGGAUUACAAAGGAUUCAAAGAAAAGGAAGAUUCGGAUGCAAUUUAUUUCAGAUUUGUCAACUCCCUCUUCAAGCUCAAUGGCUACAGAAUUACUAAUAAUUGUUUCAAAUUUUACGAAGAGUUGGGCAAGUAUAAGGGAAUAGCAGGCACACAAUUAGCAUUGCAAGUGAUCGAGUUCUUUUUGGGUAACAAGGUAAGAUUGUCUGGGCUUUAUGCAAUUAGUGGGUCGAGCCGAUCAGGUAUAAAAAUUAAUUCAUUGCAAGGUAUAUUGAGCUUUGCGGAUCAAAAAGAUUGUGAAGCCUUUUUGCUGCGUCUACACUUGGACACGUUUGUCAAAAAAGGCGAGUUUCAGGCAUUUGGAGCCAAAGGUACGGUGAAGAACUUGUACAAGAAAUCAUUAAAAGUAGACAUCAAAGGUCAAAUUUAG